AUGUCACACAGCGCCAUAUUGGAGCGAAUAGAAAAAGAUUUGAAAGAAAUGAGAAGGGAGCUGGAAUGGGAAUCAUCAGCGAACAUGCGAUUGAAGACUUCUCACAAUGAAGAAGUGGCAACAUUGCAAAGGUUGAAGAAAAACGCGGAGCACCAACUCAAAACUCUGAAACUUUCGUCUAAAAAGGAAAUCGAAGAGCUGAAAAAAGAACAGAGCCGUGAUCUGAACACUAUCUUAGAUCUUCAUCAACAACUCAAUAAUCUGAAAAGUCUGCAUGAAACAAUGAUUGAAAGACAGCGAAAAUCGACUGACAUUUGGCGAGAGCUAUAUGUUAAUCAGAAACGUCAAUUGGCGAAUACGGAAAAGGAGCUUUUACGAACGGCUGUAUUGUUGGCAAAGAAAGAAUUGAGAGAGCAGCCGAUGGCUAGAGAGAAACAGAAAAAAUAUGAGACUUUACUAUGUGAGAUUUGUUCGGUAGGGUAUGGACAAGAAGAAGACAGAACGCCACGAGUUUUGGGUUGCGGACACACUAUCUGCCUUGGUUGCUGCAAAAUGAUUGCCCAACCGGAUCAAAUUCAGUGUCCAUUUUGUCGAUUCGUCACACAGCUCACUGGACGGACAAUCUCCCAUCUCCCAAAGAAUUAUUUGGUUCUCAACAUGUAA